CUAUUCUAUGCCCCAUGAAAUUGAAAUCCUUUAAUAUGACUUGAGAAAAAAACAAAAAUAAAAAAAGCCGCCCCUUUGCCUUUUUUGGGAAACUAUUAAUAACCCAUUAUUCUUCUUUCGGUCUUAGCUCACUAAUUCUCCCUUAAUAUAUCCAACGAAGCAAUGGAUAGACUUCGCAGCAAGCAACACAAGGCAACAACUCGUUGCUCUGAAGAGGUGAGCAGUACUGAAUGGGAGUUCAUAAACAUGUCCGAGCAAGAAGAGGAUCUUAUUUAUAGAAUGUAUAAGCUUGUUGGAGAUAGGUGGGCUUUGAUUGCUGGUCGAAUUCCAGGUCGCAAAGCAGAAGAAAUAGAAAGGUUUUGGAUAAUGAGGCAUGGUGAAGUGUUUGCCAAUCGACAGAAAAAGCUCAAGAAAUCCAAGUCUUAAUGUGUUGCCGUGGAUAUAUAUUAUCAUCUUCUUUAUUGUUAUUGUUAUGAUGAUUAGCUAGGGUUAUUAAUCCUCCUUCUUCCUCUUCUUUUAUGAUGAAACUCCUUCUUCUUGCUAAUGUGUGUGGGAGAUUGUUUCGCUGAGAAGAUGGUGAUUAGCGCAUUAUUAAUGGGAUCAUUAUGUUUUUCUCUCUCUAA